AACGACAUUUACCAAAGACUUUGCUGACUUGCCCCAAUUUGGUAUCUGCAGUAGCUUUGCUGAUUUUUUGCAGAAUCAGGGACAAGUGAUCCUCUGGUUGUGUUGGUGGCUAAUAUGGAGUGUGGAUCACCGAUGGAAGAGGGAGACUUAGCUGACUCGGAAGGAGGAAAAUCUCCUUAUACCAUCCAGGCUGGGAGCAGUAAGGAAUUCUUGGAAAGAACGGUGCCAAAGAUUCCGGCUGGGAAUGUCCCUAGCUUGGAAGCUCACUGUGGACACUUCAGACAGUUGUCCUACCGGGAGGACGCGGGUCCCCGAGAGGUUGGCAGCCAGCUCUACCAUCUCUGCUGCCAGUGGCUGAAGCUGGAGCAGCACAGCAAAAAUCAGAUUGGACCUGGUGGUCUUGGAACAGUUCCUGACUGUCCUGCCCCCAGAGAUGGAGAGCUGGGUAAGGGAGUGCGGAGCAGAGACCAGUUCCCAGGCAGUGGCCCUGGCCGAAGGGUUCCUCCUGAGCCAGAUGGAGGCGGCGGGGCAGGUGAGAACCCUUCAUCCUGAUAGGCUCCAAGAGGUACCCAUCUUUUUCUGCCAAUCACCCAGCAUGGUGCCCCUUCUUCCCAGCUCUUCAUUUCCUUCUUCUGGCCCCACCAAUGUUGUGAUGCUUUUUGCAUGUCCAGGAUGCUGAUUUCGUUUUUAGGUGCA